AACGCAUUGCUCAACUAGCAGAUUAUUCUACCUAGCAUGAAGACUCGAGGCCCUGCUAUUCUCGCGACAAACGGUAAUCUCGCGGUAUUUUUGAGACACCUGGGAAAUUUGAAAUCAUGGCGGACGAAGUCGAACAGCAACAGACCACCAACACCGUAGAAGAGCCACUGGAUCUUAUCAGGCUGAGCCUUGAUGAGCGGAUAUAUGUAAAGAUGAGAAAUGACAGAGAACUCCGAGGCAGACUACAUGCCUAUGAUCAGCACCUGAACAUGAUCUUAGGAGACGUGGAGGAGACAGUGACCACAAUAGAGAUUGAUGAAGAGACCUAUGAAGAAAUUUAUAAGUCUACGAAGAGGAACAUUCCAAUGCUGUUUGUUCGAGGGGAUGGAGUCGUCCUUGUGGCUCCUCCACUCAGGGUGGGCUAGAUUUCAUUUCUGUGGGAGAUCGUGCACUUGAGUUAAUUCUCAGUUUUUGUAUUAAGAAGCUGUUUUUUUUUUUUUUGGAUUUUGACUUACCUCAAUGGCAAUAGCAAAGGAUUUUAUUUCUGGUUAUGUUUGAAUGUUUGGCAAACACACAACUGCUCCUCUAGGAUGUUGUAAAAUCUUUAUUUGGACUUCAAUAAUCUGAAUGUUUGUUUGUUAUGCAAAGUAAGCAAUUUGGUUUGUUUUGUGUUGCAUUUUUAUUGGCUGUUCCUUUUCUUUUUUUUGUAUUGUAGUUGAUAAAUACGGUAAUUGCAGAGGUCCACCAUACACCAGUCACAAUAAAGGUGGAUGCAGAAAAUGUGAAUUGUUCAUUUCCACUGGUUUCAGAAUCCCGCAGAUCCAUUAUGUAAUAAAACAAAUUCAGUUCUGAAGAACAA